AUGUGUGGGCCGGAGCCCAAGACGCGGCGCCCGAUCCUCUCGCAGGAGAACCUGCAGUUCGUGACGCAGCCCGGCUGGGAGCGCCAUGAAGCCAAGGCGCCCAAUGUCAAGGGCGAGAUGGCGGAGUGGAAGCAACUCACACCGAGAGGCCAAAGGAAGCAGGCUCGGGACGUGGGCACGCUGCUCCUGCGGGUACCCUUGCCCCCGGCACCCCAUUUGGUGCACGGCCGGGGCGCGCCGCCGGUCCCCGCGCCGGUCCCCGCGCCGGCGGCGUGA